GAGGCGCCUGUGUGCAGUCCUUAUUUAGUUCUGGAAACUGUUGAAGAAAAUAAACCAGCAAAUUACUUGGCUGCCAACUUGUCAUGUUUUGAUGCCGAUGUCGGAACAAAUUUGGCGUAUUCAAUAACUUAUGGUGAUACAAGUUUAUUUAUGGUAAUGUUGCCGAUUCCUGAUCCAAUUUUUUAAGUUGUACAAAAUAAAACCUAGUAGUAGUAAAUACGAUGAAUAUCCAACAAAAACUUUAGUGUAGCCUAAUUUAAAAUGUGUGUGUUUACUAAUGAGCAUGCCCUUGUUACCUGUGUUUAGUUAGGUGAGAAUAAGCUGAUGUUGAAGGCUCCACUUGAUUAUGAGAAGUCAACCAUCCAUGACCUUGUGAUUCAAGUGUCA